CUCACAAAUUCUCCGCAACACUGAGUUUUCCCACCACACAAUAAAAAGCGUGAAAAAACGUCCCAGUCCAAAAAGGAAAAAACACCUCCCGUAUAAUCCUCGGUUUUCACGAGAACGUGAAUGUGUACAGUUUUCCGAAGUGUGUCGUUGCUUACCCCCUCAAAACACCAAUCCACACAGGUGUCGAAGUGGCAUCAGUAGCCCCUGCGAGGUAAAGCUUCCCGAGUCAGUUGCAGUGUACGUGUUAAACAAAAAAAAAGCCUAAAAAAAGGGGAAAUAAAGAACUUGAGGAUUGGGUGGGAAGAAGGAGAGAUACAGAAGCGAGUCAGAGGAGUCAGUUCCCGCGAGUUUUCACAGGGCUCUGGCGAGUGGCAAGUGUAUAAUUUUUUUUACUUUAUUAUCGCUCUCUCGCUUGUCCUCACCCCGUGAACGUGAAUUUCUGGUCUCUUUUGAGGUGUGAAAAUCGUGAAAAAAGUGGAGUGCAGGCUUUGCGCAAUUUGUGAUGAUCUUUUUUUUUCGGUGAUUCAGUGGUUGUUUUCCUGUUCAUCCAGUGACUGUGUUGAUGACCGAUUAGAGUGGUAGUCGCGCGCAUCUCUUACACCGUUGAGUUGACAAAAUAAAGUUGAGCAUAAAUAAAUAAUCGGAAGGGGAAGAGAGAGAAAUUGAGAACAUUUGUGGUUUUAUUGUCGAGUGGGGAAUGUAAAUGCUGGGGUUUUUCGUCGGUGGAACGGUCGAGGAUUGUUGCUAACAAUUGGAAAAAGGGUGGAACCACCAGGUGACGAAGGAGAGUUGGGUCUUGGUCCACCUGGUUGCGAUGUGGAGGCGUCGUGGAUGGUUACUCGGCGUCCUGGAUAUCCCAGCCGGUGUCGACGACACGAGAAAUUCUAUUGGAAUUGCCUGGAGUCACUCGUCGGUGGAUUUUCUCUGUUCGCACAGAAUUCACUGAGAUUCUUGCUAAUUGAAUUCCAGGAUUUUUUUUCAUUUUUCCCCAAAGUGAAGGUGUUUUUCUGUCCCAUUGGGCUUUACUUGGGAUAUUAAAUACGUUUGCUGGUGAAAUUUUGGUAGAGCGUAGGACAAUUUUGCCCGCCACAAGGACGGGUGGUUAUGUUUCCCACUUUCAUCGGAAUCCUAGACAUACAAUCGUGGUGGGAGGUGCCGAGUAUAGCACACUUCUGCUCGUUAUUUAGGGCUGCCUUCAACCUCCUGGACUUUGAUAUCGAGGAUCUCGAGGAAGCUCUGCUGACAGACGGUGGCACUGAGGGGAGAUUACUUCAGGAAUUAAUUGUUCGACUGUUGGAGGGCUGCUUGCCCAAUGAAUCUCGAAAUGACAUCUCUACGUUCAAUUAUCAGAUGUUUCUUCGGAGAUUAUUUCGAAAAAAGUGUCAGGAUUACAAAUACGAAAAUCCCUUCAACACAGAUGUAGACUUCGAGCUCCUUCCACUCCGUCAAAAAGUCGAGAUCCUCCGUAGUCUCUGCGACUUCCGGCUGGACGCUGAGGACGUUGAGCUAGCCCUAAGCAACCUAGACUCAGACAGUCUCCGCGUUGAACCAUUGGGUCAUGACCGUAGCAAUUCUGCUUACUGGUAUUUCUACGGUACCCGUCUCUACAGAGAGGACUACAUCAGUCCCAACAAGGCUCUCUCCCCCCGCCAGAACCGUCGAGCGCGUGACAAGAGGCGUAAAAAACGACGUGUCAGAGGUGAAAAGGUGGUGGAGAAAGAGGAGGAGGAGGAGAAUGAGGUUGAUCAUUUAAUCUCUGACAGCCUACACGACAGUCGUACAACAGUUUGGCAGGUAGUCUGCUUCACCCAACAAGACUGGUCGCGUCUUGUCGACAAAUUCAAGGACUCUGAGUACGACACAGAGCGCAAAUUGUACCACACACUCUCCGAGGAUUUUCUCCCAGAGAUUCCAAAGCUCUUCGAGCUGAAGGAGAAGCAGCAGCGUCGUCGUCUGCUGGAGCGAAACACAAGGGUCCAGCGAGGACAAGAGCCAGCUGAGCCCACCGAGGAGGCCAUAAUGGUCCGAGCAAAGAUGAAAACAAAGGCGAAAGCCACGAGGAGAACCCAAGCGACGAAAAAUGGAGACAGCGAGGACGAGGCACCACCUCCAGCUCCUCCGCAGAAGAAGGGAAGACAGACCAACAAUUCGCUGGCCUCAGCUGACGGCCAAAUCGUCAUCCACACCAGAGAUGAGCUCGAUGGUGCACCGAAGAAGGGCGUGCCCAAGCACACCAGCACUUACGUCUCCUCCUACCCGUACACCUUUGGGAUCGAGGAGGAAGAACGUCGUGUUGGGAUGCACAAAGUCCUGGAGAGCCUCAAGGACCACGUGGACGCCUGGCCAUUCGUGGAUCCUGUCGACGAGGAGUAUGCCCCUCGAUACUACUCUGUCGUCAGAAAGCCCAUGGACCUGUCCACGAUGGAGGAGAAACUCGAAGGCGGCUCCUACAAAAAUCUCAGUCAAUUCAAACGCGAUUUUCGUCUGAUCGUGGACAACUGCAGACAGUACAAUGGCUCUGACAACGAGUACACUGAGAUGGCGGUUAAUCUGAAAGAGGCAUUCGACAGAGCUGUCGAUCGUUACCUCGAGUCUGAGCCCUCUAGUGACGAGUGCCCGUCAGUUCCUGCAUCACCAAAUGCUGUUCCAUCAUCACCUUAUCCAGCUCGUGCUUCCUCAUCACCUUCGUUAUUAAGUAGUACACGUAAGCGUAAUAAAAAAUCAAAGCAAAAGUCUAAAUCAAAUAAGAGUGAGAAGAAGUCUAAGGGUAGAGGGAGGGACGAGGAGGAGGAGGAUGAGCACGAGGAGGAGGGGGAGGAGGAGGAGGAGAGUCCUAGGGAUAAGAGGGGCAAGAAGAGAUCAAAACGUGCUAGGGAGGAGGAGGAACGCAAUGAGGAUAAUGACGAGGAUGAUGAGAAUGGUGCAAUAUCAGAAAGUUCUGUGAUAAAAUCAAAACGAAAAAAGUACAGUGAAGUUGAGAGAUUGUUACCCAAGAGUAAAAAAUUAUCGGCCAAAGAGGAGAAAUCCGAGGAGAGUAAUAAACGUGGGAAGAAUCGACAGAAGGAGCAAGUUACUAAGAACACUAAAGAACACAGGGAGAGUAGGAGGAAGAAGGAGGACUUCGAGGAGGAUCAUGAGCCACUUAUUAAUAUUAAGAGUAAGAGUAAGCGAAUUGAGAAAAGAGGAAUUGAGGAUAAUGCAGGUUUAACUGAUAGGAUUAGAAAGAAACAGAAGAAGCCGGAGAAGAUUGUGGAGGAGUCUGAUGACGAGAGACUGUCGGAGAUCGAGGAGAAUGGCAAGCAGACGCCGGAGAAGAAGAAAAAUCGCAGUAAGAGGGAUAAGACUGGCCAGAAGCCACCGAAAAUCGAAGUCAAACAUGAGCGUAAAGCCUCGAAGGAGAAGGACAAAAAAUCAAAAGUCAAGAAGAUGGAGGAGCGACCGAAAAACGGUGAAGUAAAGAAACUGGAGAAGGAGAAAGACACCAAAAAGGAGGACACAGCGUCUAAAAAAUUUGACUCGUUAGUCAGUAAUAAAGACCUCGAGUCCCUGGACUCUUUGAAGGAUCGAAUAAGUGAACGCAGACGUGAGGAUAAGCUCAAACAAGAAAGGGAGAGAGCCAAGAGAUCCGCUAAAAUUGAUACUGAGAAGAAAAAAGUGCCUUCAAACGGUAAUACCUAUCACGAGAGUGGUAAGGUGAACCUCAAACGAGCUAAGCUUAAAAAACCUGUUAAAGAUGAUAAAGUUUUACCGAUGAAAGAUGAAACUGUUGAAAUCAAAAAACCAAAAUUGACACAUGGCAAGCAUGGCAAGAAUAGGGAAGAGAGUCCGGCGAUACAAGCACUGAAUCAGGCGACUGAGCAGACACUGAAUGACAUUAAUAAGUGGUUGGACGAUGCGCCAAAAUUAUCAGAGUUCUCAUCAGGUAGUGAUUCACCAGUGACUAAGCAGCCAUCGACUAGUGAGACAUCAUCACGCGGUGGGAAGCCAGAGCCACUGGUUCGUAAGCGUCCAACUAGUGUGAAAUUUUUGGGUCCAAAUGGUCCACCGAGACCGAAAAAAGUGCAGAGAACGAUUGAUAGACUCCAGCCUGGUAAGGCGAAGGGUAAUUUGUUGCUGAAGAAGCCAUUGCCCAGUGGAAGUAACUCAGCUGACACUUCCACGAGUCAAUCGACCUCAGACGUUGAUCACCCGAGCAAGGACAGCACAGACGAACCAAAACUCAGCCUCGGUACUGUCCUCAAAAAUUCAGACUCGAUUCAACUCAUGUGCAAGAGUUUAGUAUCCUCACCAAAUCCGAAUUUAUCGAACGAGGACGAUGAGGACGAUCGUCCAGCUGUGACAACUUCCAAAAAGAACGACGACGACAAAUCCAAGGAGAUGAAGGAUGUCGCACCAAAGGCUGAUCCUGAACAAAUGAAGAGUACACAAGAGGAGUCCCAGAAACCAAAGUCAGCGACACCCAAUCUGAGUGCCUGGUUCAAGGCAUUCGGUGCACCAAAGUCCAAGAAGAAGGAGGAAGAGAUCGAGGAGCCGGUUAAAAAAGAGGAGUUCCAGGAGAUACCACAGCGUCAAAGAAGACUGAGUGCUGGAGGAAGCAGUGUCAGUGAGUCCGUCUCAAGUUUCUCCCAAGAGUCUCCCCCGGGCUUGACAAUCAGGUCCCCCCAGAGUCAACCAGCCCUGACACCGACAGCAAUCGAACAGCCAAUUCGAGCUGGCUUCUAUCAGGACGCAUUAUCCACUGGGAGUAGUCCCAACAACAGUCCCUACUACGCCACCCCCCCGAGAUACAGUGCCCAGCUCCCCCCUACCCCAUCCCCCCAGAACUACUCCCACCCUCUGUCCCCAGCCUACCCCUCCUCAGCAGCGUACGAUCAAAACCCCUUGUACCCUCAGCUUCCCCAGGCCUCCCACCAAGUCUACCAGAAACCAGUGACCCCCGAAAACCCCCCAGAAGCCUACCCGACGUACCCCCAGAACUCCCCCCAACCCGAUAACUACAUAAACUCCCCGCAGCAGCUUCCAACAAACCAAAAACAGUCCCCCGUGUACCCUCAACCCUCCCCUCAAGCCCUCCCAGUCUACCCCCAGAAUUCCCCCCAACCCCCUCCCUCAAACUACUCCCAGCCCUCCCCCCAGCAACCAACAACUCCCAACUACUCUCAACCAUCUCCCCAACAGCCCACUGCCAACUACUCCCAACCCUCCCCCCAGAACCCCACCUACUCCCAGCCCUCCCCCCAGAGUCUCAACUACUCUCAGCCCUCCCCCCAGCAGCCCCCAAAAUACUCUCAGCCAUCGCCUCAGGCCCCCAACUACUCCCAGCACUCGCCUCAGCAGCCAAACGCCUCGUCCACUGGUUACUCAGCCCAGGUGUCACCGCAACCAGCCAGAAUCUACCCUCAGCCCUCCCCCCAGCCGUGUCCUCUCCCAGUUCGACCACCAGCGAACUACUCCCAGGCAUCUCCAAGAGCACCAGCGCAGUCGACCCCUCAGACCUACCAAAAACCUGAGGAAUAUGCAGCUGGGGGGAGUUACCCCCAGGGCUUCAAGUCCAACCAUUCUCCGUACGUUCCACCAGUGUCAGCUGCUCCAGUGGAAGCUGAGAGAAGAGUGGAGUACCUCAAACCAGAGGAGAAGCUCCCAGUGCAGCAGAUGGAGACCCCCAGGAAUUUCACGUCAGACCCACCACUGGGACUUAAUCCGAAUCAUCAAGUAUACCAGUCGAAUCAAUUCCCACCAGCAUAUGGGAACAAUUACUCCGCGACUGGUGAUCCACAGAGGCCAGGGUCGAGGUUGAACCCUCAGGAGACCCCUCAGCAGCCCCAAGACAGACACUUCGACCCGGAAACCCUGAAGUACCAGCGUCAGGAUCAAUCUCAGUUGUUGAGCUUCCAGCAGAACCUCCCAGGACACGACACGAUAUAUCAACCUGCAGGUGGCUUCCAGGCGCCGCCGUACCCCAUGCCCAACCCCAGCUGUCGUCCAGUCUACCCCAGCCCCCACUACUACGACGCCAGUGCUAAAUCCUCGUCGUCUUCAGUCCCAAGCUCAGGAGCUUCGACACUAACUCCUGUUAAGAAACGAAUGUACAACGAACCAACUAGUGACUCUACAAGGGCACUGCCUGAGCAACAACCUAGAGGGACUCAGGAGCAGUUUGGGUACGACCAGAUGAUGACGCUGGCUACAUCGGAGCCUGGACAGAAUCUCGUGUCUGGACAGUUUGAAAGUGGAUUCGGUUCACUGGACUCUGUAGCUGGUAACUCAGCGUAUGCCAGACUGGGACUGGGACUGGUGGGAAGGAGUUCGAAGGAUCAGCAGCAGCUGCUGUCGAUCCCCAGACCCUCCAGCAAGGAUGCAUUGUCCUACAGACAGCCAGGGGCCUCAGACCUGGAUCUGAACCUCCUCCAGAGCCUCCAGAAUGCAGCUGCCAAGACGAUUCCAGCAACCCACUCGAGGAGAGAGCCAGCACCAGCUCCAGCACCGACCAAGGGGAGGAAAAGCAAGAAAAAAGCUCAGGCCCAGGCUCAGCAGCAGGCUACCAUCACCGAGCAGCAGAUGCCAGGCUUCUCUCAGUAUUCUGGGAAUCCUGGGGAUCCCAUUGGACUGAAGAAUGCACCGGCAAUCCCACCAGGAGGCAGUGCCUUCAACUUUGCUACUCCAGCUGGUGGAACCAACAGUUCACCAUUCUACGACAAGGAUGCGUCAGCUGCUGCUGCUGCCUUCGCCUUCCUCGACGAGUUCAGGAAUCCAAACAGCUAUUACAGCAUUCUGAGGCAGCAGCAGGGACAGCCCCAGGCCACCCCGGUCACCGAGGCUGGACAGCAGGCGAAUAAACUGAAUAAUCAACCCCCCAGAAAUUACCCACCUCAUCCCUUCCUUCAUUCCCCUCAACGAUCAGCACCUUAUGGACCACCAGUGUCGGCGUAUGUCAGCCCCCAUGGACCAAAUCUAGGGGUGGAUCCAGCUGCUUAUCAACAGUACAUUCAUUCCCUUUAUGCACUCCAACCACCCUCACAUCAUCAUCGACCAUCGUGGCUCUAGCCGGAGAAAACAUUGUGAAAAGACAUUCUUCAUCGAGUGAAAUAGACUGAGUGCAUUUAUCAGUUUUUUUAGUUGAGGUCAAUAGUGAGGUGGUUGAAUGUAACGAAGGUGAAUGGGAUAAUUCUUCACUUCCUGAUGAGUAUUAAAUAGGUAUUUUUCCUCUGAUGCUAUGCGAAGACUUAAAAAGUGCCACGAAAGAUUUUUUCUCUUAGAAUUGGGAUUUUUAUGCGUCAGGAGAAAUCGGGGAAUAUGAAAUCAGCAUUGGAAAUAUUUGACGAUUUUUUUUCAUUUUGCUACAACCAAUGGGGUUUCUGCAUAUUUUGUUUUUCGCGAGGAGGGGAAAGGUGAAACUUGAUUGAGAAAUAUUGAAGACGUAUUUUUGUUAUUUUGAAAGAUGAAAAAAUUGUAAAUUUCAAACCAAUUGAAAAAAAUUGAAAAAAACUGUAUUAUGACGUCGAAUAUUUUCAAUGUUCAAUAACUCAUUUUGUACUUGAUACUUUACGGAAUAAGGCAACGUGACUCACGUUUUUAAUUAUGUUUGAUUUGGGUGAAUGACGAAAAGUAUUGCAGAAACACAAUUAUAAUUAAAGAAAACAAUGCAGGAAUAGAUGCAUUAAUACUGAAUUUGUUACGUUUUGCCACUUCACUACUGAUUCAUUAUCUGGUUUUUUAUUAUAUUUUUUCUCCUCAAUGAUGCAAAUCUACGUUUUCUAUUUUAUUAUUCCCGGUGACAGUAUUUUCAUUUUCGUUCCCCUUUUAUACAGUAUGAAAAAUUAUAAUUUUUUUCGAGCAAUCUGUUGCUAGAGGUAGCUCUCUAUUUCUUCCUGUCAGUAAUUUAAUUUUUGAUUUUUUGAGUUUGUGUUUAUUGAAUAGUUACUGGGAGAUUUUUUUUCGAAUUUAUAGUGGAGGAAGAUGGUAAUGGAGGUUGACAGAGCGAUAAUUAAGUUGUGACAGUGGAAUAUACUGAAAAUUAUCGAUGGAUUUUCUUUUUGUAUUGAUGAAGUCAUGAAAUGUGAUGAGAUGAUCUUAUCAUUAUCUUAAAAUUAAGCGAAAAAUGACAGGACAUUUUUUUUAAAUUUUUUUUUACAUUUCCCCCACAGCUAAUCAUUUUUCAAAUAACUACAA